CACACAGCUCAGGAGCUGGCCUGGAGGAGCUGAACCUCUAGAGACGCAGCCAGGACUUAAUUAGAAAGCAAGAGACUACUAUCAUGGCGGCGAAGCCCAAGCUGCACUACUAUGAUGGACGGGGCAGAAUGGAGGCCAUCCGGUGGCUCUUGGCUGCAGCUGGAGUAGAGUUCGAAGAGAUAUUUUUGGAAUCAGCAGAAGAUUUGGAUAAGUUAAGAAAUGAUGGGCGUCUGAUGUUCCAGCAAGUGCCAAUGGUCGAGAUUGAUGGGAUGGAGCUGGUGCAGACAAGAGCCAUCCUCAACUACAUCGCCAGCAAGUACAACCUCUACGGGAAGGACUUAAAGGAGAGAGCCCUGAUCGACAUGUAUGUGGAAGGCAUGGCGGAUUUGAACGAAAUCAUCAUCAUGCUGUUCACGCAUCCACCUGAGGAGCAAGUCGCCCAGCUGGCCUUGCUCAAAGAGAAAACAACCAAUCGCUAUUUCCCGGCCUUCGAAAAAGUGUUAAAGAGCCACGGACAAGACUACCUUGUUGGCAACAGGCUGAGCCGGGCUGACAUUCACCUGGUUGAACUUAUCUACAACUUGGAGGAGUUUGACCCCAGCCUCACCGCCAACUUCCCUCUGCUGAAGGCCCUGCAAACCAGAAUCAGCAACCUCCCCACCGUGAAGAAGUUUCUGCAGCCUGGCAGCCAGAGGAAGCCUCAUGAAGAUAUGGAAUCAAUGAAGGAAACCCUGAAGAUUUUUAGGCUUUAGUAAAACAGGCAUGGAAGCAAAGCACAGCCCAGACCCAUCUGCUAACAUUUUACAAGAAUAAUCUGCUUGCCUAAUGCUGACGGUGGCUACUGUGAAGCUACUAAACUUUUCAAAUUAUGUACUAAUGAAAAAAAGAAAAAAACUCCUUUGACCAGUUAAAAUUCAUUCUUUUUCAUUAGGAUCUGAUACGGAAUCAGAUUUGCAGUGUGUCCCUGACCUGCCUCUUUUUGCAAUUAAAAACUUAGUACAAAAGGAAAA